CAGCCCUGUAUAUAUACGGCUAUAUAAAUACUUAAGACUUUUCUUAGGUUCUAAUAUUUAAAACGUAUCCGCUUAGUGCAUGGUGUUGAAAAUCACUUAGUUGGAGCACUCUGAGCAGCUAAGCGAACUGGAUUUAGAAAACCGUAGUAAGUACUACGUAGGUAAUUUCGUCGUUUGCUUAGCAAUGUACCCUGCAUGCGCCGUCAGUAAAAAAAAACUGGAUUACAAUAAUAGACAGUUAAUGCAUUCAGUAAGUAGCUACCUACUUGUACUUUGGAUGACUCCUUUAAUGUAAUAAGUACAUAAAUAUGUAGGUACACAUUUAUUUUGUGUUUAAGUAUCUUGCUUAACCUAUUUGCAUAAAUGUUUCACCCUAAAUAGCAAAAUACCUAGUUCACAUAUGUAUCAGUUUAAAGUAGCUCUUAUAUAUUACGUGGAACACGUACUAGACACUUGUAAAAUUAGCACUUAAACUCACUCAAGGAUAUCGUUUGUCCUGUUAUCGGAUUUAUCUUAUUUUGGAGGACGAGUGUUUGGAUGUCAUUGGCAUUUCAAACAAAUGCAAAAGGACGGCUUAUCGGCAAUUUGUGAAACAAAGGCCCUUCAGCGGGGGUUAAUCGGUUUUCCGAAUCCCCGCGGCGCACAUUGUUGGAGUAGUACUAGAUAACUCGAGUGUUGAAAUAAAACCACUCGAUUUCGAAACUAGACAUACUUAACGAUUGUUUAUAUCUAAUUAGGCGAUCUACUGUCUUAUCCCAUUACAAGUAGCAUCCACGUCCAUAAAAAGCCCUGGAGAAAAGAUGCGUAGCGCAGUUUGGUUGAUAGCGUUACGUUAGUUACUUGUUUUCAGUAGAAGUUGUGCCUACCCGCUGAAAAUGAAACGGUUUAUGGUUGCAGGCUUACUAAUAGUCGUAGCGAAUGCUGCACCUCUACAGGAGAAUAUCAAUAAUGGAGAAGAAUUCGGCGAGCACUUCGAAGGUGAUAUGGUGCUGCUUCCUUGGCAGCAGCGGGCGGUGUCGACGGCCAUCGACGCCCGCAACGGCCUGCGGGGUGCCGCCAAGCGGUGGCCGGAUCGCACCGUAGUCUACCAUAUAGAGGAGGAUGACUUUGAUGAAGACCAAGUGAAAUUGAUCGAAGAAGGCAUGGCCGACAUAGCAAGCAAGUCUUGCAUAAAGUUCCGUCCCAGGAAAAAGGAGGAUGAACACUCAGUUGUUAUACAGGGGUCAGCGAAUGGAUGCUUCUCUAACGUAGGCUUCAGCAGCCAGGACGACGAAGGUGAAAUCAGCCAAGUGCUUAAUCUUUCGAAAGGAUGCUUCAGGCACGGAACCGUGGUACAUGAGAUGCUUCAUACGCUUGGGUUCUACCAUAUGCAGAGCACCUACGACAGGGACGAAUUUGUCAAAAUCGUUUGGGAAAAUAUAAGGGCAGGUACAGAGCAUAAUUUUGCAAAAUACACGAAUGAUACAGUAACUGAUUUCGGUGUGCCAUACGACUUUGAAAGUGUAAUGCAUUAUCCUGAAACUGCAUUCUCCAAAAAUGGAAACAAGACGAUCAUACCACUACAGGAGAACGUCAAAAUUGGGCAACGGGAAGGAUUGUCAGAAAGUGAUAUCCUGAAAUUGAAGAAAAUGUACUGCGAGGAGUCGGAUUCGUUAAAAAUUACACAUCGUGCCAAAUAAAAAAACUUUACAUUAUAUGAAGCACAACUCGAGUCUUCAACAUCUUGUAAUGAAGUGGAAAUCUGAAAGUGCAUUUUCUACUAAGUACGUGUAAUUGAUAUCAUCUAUGUUAACCUUGUCAUAAUUUCAUUAAGGAUCAUUAAAUUUAUCUAGUUACAUAUAUGUACCUAUAAAUUAUAUUUACAUAAUCUGAUAAACUUAUUUCUUCAUAAUUAUUGCCUAAUUAUAAUAGCUUAGUUAUUAUGCUGACGCUGUAGUUUAUGACUUUUACGAAAUUUGUGGUCCCAGAUAGUAUUUAAGGUAAUUAAUUAA